AUGUCAGGUCCCAUUCCACACCAUCUGGUCACUUAUUGUGGGCCUGGCCAAACACUUAAUGGGUUUGAUAAAAAAGACCUUUUUGGUGCCCAUGGGGCAGAAAGGGUUAAAAAUAAAGUUACAAUUAUUGAUAUUCAUUAUAUAGUAUCAUUUCCUACAGAUGCAAAAAUAACUGAAGGAAAAAAGCCUCGUGAUAUUGAAGAUGAAGGACUCUAUGUAGGAAAAUAUCCCAGUAUUACAUCACAUAAUAUUAGAAAAUUGGAAAAUAGAUUUUUAAAACAGCAAGAUAAAAAAUGGUUUGGAGAUAAUGGUAAAAUAACAAUGCAACCAGAUCCAUGUAAAAAAGUCCCUAGUAGGCCUUUGCCACUAAUCAAGCAAAAUGAAAACUUGGAAUCAACUUACAGAAAAGCAAUAGUUGAAAAUAAAGAAAAUUGGCUUUUUGACAGACAUAAAAAUCCCGAGAUUUGGCACCAACUCGAUAUUGACAUUUGCAGCAUUUCGUUUAAUCAUCAUUCAUUAUUCAGUAAAGAACAUGUUCUGGUUGCGAGAUUAGUAGAAUUAGUUAAAAGUUAUAAUGGAUAUCUUUUAACUGAUAAGGGAGUAUCUUUAUCCCAAAGGUUACAAGCAUUAAGAUCUGCAGUAAACCAAUUAAAACAAAUGAAUAAACAAGAUGAAGAUAACAGAAUUUCAGAAGAAAGAGAGGAACGAUUAUGCCAUUAUCAAGAAGAUAUUAAGCAGAUUCGAAAGUUAAGAGACGCAAGAGAUGUGGAAAAUAAACGACUGUUAAUUGCUAUUAAAAGUCUCUGGGAAGAAAUACAAAAUCUGAGAGAAACACAAAAAUAUGCAAGUAGUCCUGUAGAACUGACUAUUCAUGAAGAAUAUAUUGACUUAGAUGAUGAUCAGAAAAUGUGGAAUAAAGAAAUUGAAGAAGAAUUAGAAGAAGAGAAAUUGAUGUUCAAUAUUAAUUACAAACAAGAAUUGAAAGAGUAUCAAACAAAAUUAGAAAAAUGGAAGAAGCUACACAAACAGAAGAAACAAGCUCUUCAAAGUAAGAAAUUAAAAAAGAAGUUAAGCAGACAGAAUACAGAAGAAGAAUUAGCUACAGAUAGCAAGAAUGAAGAAUCAGAAAUACCGUCAAAAACUGAAGAAAUAAUUUCUCUAGAAGAUAUGCCCAAACCUCAACCUCCGAGUAAAUUUGAUGAAGAAAGGACAUUAGAAAUAAUUACGCAAAAUGCAUUAGAAAUACGAAGAAAACCAGGUGAGCCUAAAUUGUUUCCAGAAAUAACUAAUAGUGGAAUAGUUACAUCAGCAUCUAAUUGUUCAAAAUUAGAACAAGCAAGAAGAAAUGAAGUUUCAAAAAGAAAAAUAUAUUUUAAGAUAUUUUAUAAUAAUAAACAAGUUUGUCAAACUACUGAAAGAUCUCUUGGGCAGGAAUUUACUGCAACCUGGGGACAAAUAUUUAAGUUGUGUAUUGUGCAUAAGCCUCAAAAUGUAAAAAUUGAGAUUUUUGAGAAAAAUGGAGUAUUAAGCACACGUUUAGCUGAUAUAUGGCUUCCAUUACCCGAUCCGUCCCUUACUACAAAUAAUGUUCAGUUAUUGGAUCAAGAAUUCUGUUCAGAAGAAGUGAUUACAUAUCGUCACGCAGGAAUUGGAAGUGGUGUUGCCAUCCAUUAUUUAAAAGAUGAUCAAGCAACUUGGCUAUUAACAAAUGGUAUACUAAAAUGUAGUUUAGCAUGGGGAAUUAAUAAAGAAGGAAAAUCCUUAGGCCCCAAAAUUACUAAAGAAGCAUCAGCUGAAUUGAGAUCUCUUCAUGAAUUUGACAAAUUAAUGCAAAUAAUUUCUACUGGCUUAGCAAGUAUACAAGGAUUACGCAACUGGGUUGAACAGUGUCAUCUUGAUCCAAAUGAUCCAGCUAAUUCAUGUAUAUUUCACGCAAUGCAAGUAAGAACACUAGAAUAUAUUGACUUAGAUGAUGAUCAGAAAAUGUGGAAUAAAGAAAUUGAAGAAGAAUUAGAAGAAGAGAAAUUGAUGUUCAAUAUUAAUUACAAACAAGAAUUGAAAGAGUAUCAAACAAAAUUAGAAAAAUGGAAGAAGCUACACAAACAGAAGAAACAAGCUCUUCAAAGUAAGAAAUUAAAAAAGAAGUUAAGCAGACAGAAUACAGAAGAAGAAUUAGCUACAGAUAGCAAGAAUGAAGAAUCAGAAAUACCGUCAAAAACUGAAGAAAUAAUUUCUCUAGAAGAUAUGCCCAAACCUCAACCUCCGAGUAAAUUUGAUGAAGAAAGGACAUUAGAAAUAAUUACGCAAAAUGCAUUAGAAAUACGAAGAAAACCAGGUGAGCCUAAAUUGUUUCCAGAAAUAACUAAUAGUGGAAUAGUUACAUCAGCAUCUAAUUGUUCAAAAUUAGAACAAGCAAGAAGAAAUGAAGUUUCAAAAAGAAAAAUAUAUUUUAAGAUAUUUUAUAAUAAUAAACAAGUUUGUCAAACUACUGAAAGAUCUCUUGGGCAGGAAUUUACUGCAACCUGGGGACAAAUAUUUAAGUUGUGUAUUGUGCAUAAGCCUCAAAAUGUAAAAAUUGAGAUUUUUGAGAAAAAUGGAGUAUUAAGCACACGUUUAGCUGAUAUAUGGCUUCCAUUACCCGAUCCGUCCCUUACUACAAAUAAUGUCCAGUUAUUGGAUCAAGAAUUCUGUUCAGAAGAAGUGAUUACAUAUCGUCACGCAGGAAUUGGAAGUGGUGUUGCCAUCCAUUAUUUAAAAGAUGAUCAAGCAACUUGGCUAUUAACAAAUGGUAUACUAAAAUGUAGUUUAGCAUGGGGAAUUAAUAAAGAAGGAAAAUCCUUAGGCCCCAAAAUUACUAAAGAAGCAUCAGCUGAAUUGAGAUCUCUUCAUGAAUUUGACAAAUUAAUGCAAAUAAUUUCUACUGGCUUAGCAAGUAUACAAGGAUUACGCAACUGGGUUGAACAGUGUCAUCUUGAUCCAAAUGAUCCAGCUAAUUCAUGUAUAUUUCACGCAAUGCAAUAUUACAAUUUAUAUUUCAACAAAUCAAAUCAAAAUUCAAUAGAUUAUUUUCGUUUGGAACCACUUCAGUCAGAAUUUGAUUUUGUAACUGAAGAAGAGUUAAAUAACAAUUCAAGAUUUCAACUUCUUCAACUGCGUUCUCGUGAAGCACCGGAAUUCAGAAAUUAUCAUAUGAUACCUGCAUAUGAAAAUGAAAUUCCCAAAGAUAUUUUACAAACAAUGGAACAUCAUCAAAUACCAGAAAGAAGAGGAAGUAAAGGUGUUCCAGAAAGCCAUCGAGAGAAAGCUUCAAAAUUAUUAAAACAGAUAAGAGAGCAAGUUUUGAAAAGAUUUUAUGCUGCUCAGCAUCAACGAGUUUUGGAAGAUGUUGUAAUUGAAGAAGAAGUUCCAUCAAUACAAACGCUUGGUUUUAGCUUGUUUUCAUUAAUGCAAACUCAAAGACCUCUUUGUCCUACACGAAAAGAAAGAAAGAAAAUGACAGGUCAAACUGUUGCUAGCACAGAUAUUAAUAUCAUUGUAACUGUGAUGCAUGCACUAAAUGUUCCCGUCAGAGUUGAUAAUGAUAUAUUAAGAGGAACUAUAAAGCACUCUCUAAGUGGAAAAGAAUCGAUUACUGAUAGAUUAAAUGCAUCUGUUCGUCCUUAUGUUGAAGUGAUGUUUCAGAGAGAGACUGCCAGAACUCAUGUGAAUGAAGGACCUCAUCCAACUUGGAAUCAAGAAUUGCAUUUACCUUUUAAAGCUCCUAGUGAUGAUUACUCGCCUACAAAUUUAGAGACAGUACAAGAUAUUAUAUAUUUAAGCUUAUUUGAUGAAGUUGUGGUAGAUGUUUUAGAAGACGACAGAGAUCGUGAUUCCACAGUCCACACAAAAAUGGAACGACAUUGGCUGGGAGACCUAAAGAUACCUUUUACUACUCUUUAUUUGAAUUCUAAAAUUGAAGGAACCUUUAGAUUAAAUGUUCCUCCUGUAUUAUUAGGCUACGAUUAUGAAGCCAGACCCUGGUUAAUGGGAGGCAUGUCCAAUGAAUUGGAAGGAAGACAUACAUAUUUGUCGUUAUUUCUUACAAUAGAGCCAUGCUUGCAGUUGCCAGAAGUAUUCAGACAGAAGUAUGAAAGCUUAGAACCAGAAAGGAUUUUACAAGAAGUAGACGUCUGGGAUUCCGAAUUUCGCCUACUUUUUCCUGAUAGGUCGAUACGUACCAUGGCCAUAGAUAUUAGUGGGAAAUGGAUUUUAAUUCCACGAUAUUUAUGUCCACUCAAGCCUCCGGAACAAAUGAUUGACAGUUUGCAAGACAAAAUGGAAAUAAUGGAAACACUUGCAAGAUUUGUCUCUGUUAUUCCAACUCGGUCAGACAGUGUAGUUUUCCCUGGUAUCUGUGAUAUUUGGUCAACAUGUGAUCAAUUCCUUCAAAUGCUGAUGGGAGAUGAAGAAGAGCAUGCUGUUUUAUUGUGCAAUUAUUUUUUACACACAAAGAUUAGAGCCAUGCUGCUGUUGGGAUCUGCAAUUCCCGAAGGCUUGACAUCUUAUGUCAUUACAUGGGAUGAUAAAGAUAACAUUUGGGUCUGGAAUGCUUCACUGGGUCAACGUUUCAGUAUUCAAGAUUCGUACAGCCCUCUUAGACAUGUUUAUUGUCUUAUAAGUUCAGAUAAUAUUUGGGCUAACAUCCAGAAAACUGAUAUUCCUUCUCAGAUGACUUUCGAUCUUAAUUUGACCAAAGACUGGCGGCCUUUUUUCCGUCGUAAUUUUCCUAAUCCCGGCUUAAACACUAUUCAGUCUUCCAAUUUAAGUUAUUCUCCUGUUGAUCUGCAGUUUGCACAAAAGUUACAAGAAGAGUUAGAAAUUAUGUUAAAAGAUAGCAUCAUGAAAUGGAGACGACGAUUUCGCACUUCUUGGAAUAGACAUUGCAUGCAAGCAUUGCGCAAUAUUUUACCUCGAUUAGAAAAGAAUUUUGGAAGAACAGCUAGUUUAGAAUCCUUAAGAGAACUUGAACAGAUUCUAACAUCAUAUAAGAUGUGGGGUUUUCCCUUAUCGAUGCCUUACACAGACGAGAAAGCUGUAGUUGAUGCUGUUUAUGCAUCUGGAGUCCACCGUCUAGAAGAAAAGAACAUGGAAUUUGCAGUAGCUGUAUAUGUUCAUCCGUAUCCUUGCAGUGUGUUUGCUGUUUGGAUUUAUGUUGCUGCUUUGAAAAGAAGAAGCUAAUUUAGAAUGGAAUGUACCAGAUGUACCUAGAAACUUAAGAAUCACUGACAAAAUUAAAAAUGAGAUUUUGUCCAAAAAA